GGGGCAGCAGUCGUCUUGUCGCCGGUGUUCGAAGGCCGGCUUCCUUCCGCCAGGGGCGCUGUGGCGGAGCGCGACUGGCGAGCCUCGUGCUCCUCGCGCAGCAGUAGAAUCGAAUGGGUGGUCGGCCUUGACAGCAUGUCGGAACGGCCCGCCGAUAAAGGCGGUGGAAUACGCAUGCGCCGCACGCUCAGCUUCGCCAGUGCCCAACAAGUGAAGGAGUACGAAGAGAAGGAGCGACGACGGGCCCCCGACUCGCCGAUCCACAAGCCGAGGGACUCGCUGCUGAGCGGCACGCGGGGAUGGACCAACUACCGUGGCCUGCUCAACUUCUGCAUCAUCCUGCUGGUGCUGUCCAAUGGCCGGGUGGCGCUGGAGAACCUGCUCAAGUACGGCAUCCUGGUGGACCCCGGCAAAUGGGUGCGCUACAUGCUGCUGGACCCGGGCGUCUGGCCACCCCUCUACAUCCUCGCAGGUCUCAACCUGUGCAUCCUUUGCGCUCUUGGUGUCGAGAAGCUGCUCUCCACGGGUAUGCUGUCCGAGGGCACUGCCAGGCACAUCCAGGUCCUCAACCUGUCCUCUAUCCUGCUUCUUCCUCCCGUGGUGGUGUUCACCUAUGAGUGCAACCCAGUGGCCUCGUCGAUGGCCCUGGGCUUUGUGACGAUGCUCUUCCUCAAGGUGGUCUCGUACCACAUGGUGAACCUGUGGUGCCGCCAACAGAGGGCCUCCCACAAGCACCACAAGCGGCGGUCCUCCUCCGGAAACGACAAGUCGCUUUUACAGCCUGUGGACAAUGGUCGCUGCACUACCCAGACCGUCUCGUACCCUGACAACCUCAACCUCUACGACAUCUAUUACUUCAUGUUUGUGCCAACGCUCUGCUACGAGCUCAACUUUCCUCGCUCAUCGAGGAUCCGCAAGCGCUUUCUCUUCCGGAGGUUCAUCGAGUCGCUGCUGCUGUUCCAGUUGAUCCUCGCCCUCGCGCAGCAGUGGAUCGUGCCCAUCAUGCAGAAUUCCCUGAAGCCUUUCCAGGAGAUGAACUUCCCGGCCAUGUUGGAACGACUUCUUAAACUGGCGGUGCCCAACAUCCUGAUCUGGCUGCUGAUGUUCUACUGGUUCUUCCACUCCACCCUCAACACCCUGGCGGAACUCAUGCGCUUUGCCGACCGAGAGUUCUACAAGGACUGGUGGAACGCCGAGACUGUGCAGUACUUCUGGCAGAACUGGAACAUCCCGGUGCACCAGUGGUGCCUGCGCCACCUGUACAAGCCCCUGGUGGCUGCGGGCAUGUCCAGGUCCCGGGCCUGCGUCAUGGUCUUCCUCCUGUCCGCCUUCUUCCACGAGUACCUGGUCAGCGUGCCCCUCAAGAUGUUCCGCGUCUGGGCCUUCUUCGGCAUGCUGGCUCAGGUGCCCUUUGCCUUCUUCAUCGACAACUGCCUGCGCAACCGGUACCGCAACCUGGGGAACAUGGCCGUCUGGAUGUCCCUCAUGAUCGGCCAACCUCUGGCAAUUCUCAUGUACUACCACGAUUACUACAUCAUUAACUACGGGAUGCCGAGAGUCACCUAGUCCCAACCGGCAGAACCUGUGCCUCUCGCCGAUCGGUGGGUUGUUCGCUGUGGCUCGCUGAAGUCGUGGACCGGCUGAGCCAUUCUUCGGUCAACGAAAGCCGCUCAGCAAGACGAUGUCGACUAUCUCGUGUCAGAAGUGUCUGUCGUCUCGAGGGGGAGCCACUUUUGAAGGCCCCUUGGAAAAAUGUACUUACUGCACCACUCUACUCGUCUACAGGCGCCGAGGGGGUACUCUUUCUACAGGUCCGUCGUCUGAACAAAUGUGUACUUUCAUUGCAUCACGGUCCAACAGCGUGCCCAUAAGAUAGAAACAGUCAGUGCCAGGGUUGCUACCCUUCCUGCGCUGGCAAAUAAUGGGACCAUGGCAUGCAAAUCUUCAACUUUUGCACAACGCAAAGGUGCACGCCCUGCAGUUUGAGGUUCCUAGAAAGUGCAGCCGAUGUUUUCUUUUCCCCAGUGUCAUCGAAAUGGCGCCAUAAUUUUAGUGCAGUCUAGUCGUCCAUACCCUAUGCAAGUCACUUCUGCAGAAUUCAGGUACUGUUAUUGUUUUGAGAGUAUUUUUACCAUGUUAUCUCAGUUGUUACCGCGCACGUUUCGGAAUGAAUGUCACAUGUCAAUGUGUCGCCUAUGCCAUGAUUGAGUUCAGUAGGGAAAAGUUAAUGUACCUAUUCGACAAGUGUGAUAAAAGCGAGUUGUACAAAAAACAGUGUUGCCUCGUUGUUGA